AUGGAGCAAGUGAGUCCGAGUAUUUCUCUUAGGAAUGGCGCAAAACAAUGGAAAAAAAGACAUCCAAGUAAUUGUGAGUCAUUACCCCAAUUUAUUAAGAUAUCAGGUAAUGUUCCUGGAUUACUUAUUAGACCAGCAGAUGGAAAGUCGAAGUGUACAAUUCUUUAUAGCCAUGACUCUACUGAAAGACUAGAAACAAUUCACCAAUGGCUAGUUAAUAUGUCAAUGAUGCUUCAUUCUAAUAUUAUUGCGUAUGAAUUUCCUGGUUAUAUGGAUGAUAGCAGUGAAUAUUCUGAUACUUUAGUUUCAGACAUUAUUACAAAAGUAUUUAACUACAUAUUAGAAGAAAUGAAACAACCUUCAAAGUCAAUAGUCCUUUAUGGGAAAGGAGCAGGUUGUGGACCAACGUUAUUUCAAGCAUUUGAAACUCGUAAAGAAAAUGAAGUAGGUGGCGUUAUAUUAAUUAAUCCAGCGGUAAAUGCAUCAAUUUUAACACGUUCUCCAUUUCACAAAGCAAGUCAUAUAAAAGCUGUUACUUCACCCGUGGCUAUUAUCUUUGGUCAAUUAUUAACUGAAAAGAAAUACAUUAGAAAAUUAUAUUCAUUAAUUCAAAAUAAAGGUGGGCUUGGAGUUAUUGAAGGUGGUGGAAAUGACUUAGAAAAAACUCAUAGCGAUGAAUUGACAGAUGAAAUUAUUAACUUUUUGAUUGAAUUUAUUCCUGAAUUACAAUGCUAUUUCAAUGGCGAUGAAUUAGAAAAACAACGCCCAGCUGAAUAUCAAACAAAUUCUAUUGAUGAAAUUAGUCAAUUUCUUAAACAAAGAAAUCUUCAACACCUCACAGAGCUCUUUAUCUCUUAUGGAUAUUGUAAAGUAGAACACUUUAUGUCAAUGUGUCCUGAUGAAAUAGACUUCCUUGGACUUGAAGAAAAUGAUAAAACAACAUUUAAACAAUUAAUAGAAGAUGCAAAGAAUGACCCUCUCCUUCUUUAUCCAAAACAAUCCACUAAAACUAAACCAACUAGUAUAGCCAGUGCAAGUAGAAUUAUUUGUACUAAUGAGGCUUGGAAAGAUUUAGACUAUAAAAAUAAAAGAAAAAGUAUGAAAGACGUUGUUCUGGAGGCUAUAGGAUUAAGUAAACGUUCGCACCCAAGAAAUAGUUCUAUUUGUUAUGGAGAAUCAGUUAGAGAUAGUGACAUGUUCAUUCAUCAAUCCAAUAUUAGUUCAGGUUCAACUGAUUCAUCUAUUGGACCAACUACUCCUAAUGAACCAACUUCAAAAAAGAAAGGAAGACUCUCUUUUAUUUUCAAACAAAAUGGAACAAAAUCACAAAAUGAACCUGUCACUUUAAGUGAAGGAUCUGUUACUCCAGCAAUUAUGAAUGACAACAUUGUUCUAAAAGAAAAGGAACAAAAAAGAAGAGAUGAUUAUUAG